CGCAUCCCUCCAGUUCUUAAAUUAGCCACAUUAAGCUUCGAGAUACCGCCCCCAAUUUCAGUGUCGGUACGGAGCCGCCAGGCCGGGACAGAGACGGAGAGAGAGCCCUCGGCCAUGGAAGCGCUCGGACCCGGCCCGCCUGCCCCUACCUCCCUUUUCCAGCCACCACGCCGGCCCGGCUUGGGUACGGUGGGGAAGCCGAUUCGCCUGCUGGCCAAUCACUUCCAGGUGCAGAUCCCCAAGAUCGAUGUCUACCACUAUGACAUCGAAAUUAAGCCGGAGAAGCGACCGCGGCGUGUCAACAGAGAGGUGGUUGACACCAUGGUAAGACACUUCAAGAUGCAGAUAUUUGGGGACCGGCAGCCUGGAUAUGAUGGAAAGAGGAACAUGUACACGGCUCACCCACUGCCCAUCGGGAGAGACAGGGUGGAUCUGGAAGUGACUCUGCCAGGUGAAGGGAAGGAUCAGACCUUUAAGGUGUCUCUGCAGUGGGUGUCUGUGGUGAGUCUGCAGAUGCUUCUGGAGGCUCUUUCUGGUCACCUAAACGAGGUUCCUGAGGACUCUGUGCAGGCCCUGGAUGUCAUCACACGCCAUCUUCCCUCCAUGAGGUACACUCCUGUAGGCCGUUCUUUCUUCUCUCCUCCUGAAGGCUAUUACCAUCCGCUAGGUGGAGGAAGGGAGGUGUGGUUUGGGUUCCAUCAAUCUGUUCGUCCAGCCAUGUGGAACAUGAUGCUCAACAUCGAUGUUUCAGCCACUGCGUUCUACCGUGCCCAGCCAGUGAUUGAGUUCAUGUGUGAGGUUCUAGACAUCCAAAACAUUAAUGAGCAGACCAAGCCCCUUACAGAUUCUCAACGUGUCAAGUUCACCAAGGAGAUCCGAGGGUUGAAAGUGGAGGUCACACAUUGCGGACAGAUGAAGAGGAAGUACCGCGUGUGCAAUGUCACCCGCCGCCCAGCCAGCCACCAGACGUUUCCCUUGCAGCUAGAAAAUGGACAAGCCAUGGAAUGUACCGUAGCUCAAUAUUUCAAACAGAAAUAUAGUCUGCAACUUAAAUACCCCCAUUUGCCCUGCCUUCAAGUGGGACAGGAACAAAAGCACACAUACCUACCCCUUGAGGUCUGUAAUAUUGUGGCAGGCCAGCGCUGCAUAAAGAAGUUAACUGAUAACCAGACUUCCACCAUGAUCAAAGCCACAGCCCGCUCAGCUCCUGACCGCCAAGAGGAGAUCAGCAGGCUGGUAAAAAGCAACAGCAUGGUGGGUGGCCCUGACCCCUACCUAAAAGAAUUUGGCAUCGUGGUGCACAAUGACAUGACGGAGGUGACGGGGCGGGUCCUCCCAGCGCCCAUGCUGCAGUAUGGGGGCCGGGUGAGUACAGACACUGGGAGGGACUGUGGCAGGAAUAAGACAGUGGCUACGCCCAACCAGGGCGUGUGGGACAUGAGGGGGAAGCAGUUCUAUGCCGGCAUCGAAAUCAAGGUGUGGGCCGUGGCCUGCUUUGCCCCUCAGAAACAGUGCAGGGAGGACCUGCUCAAGAGCUUCACAGACCAGCUGAGGAAGAUCUCUAAGGAUGCAGGCAUGCCUAUUCAGGGCCAGCCCUGCUUCUGCAAGUAUGCCCAGGGAGCAGAUAGUGUCGAGCCCAUGUUCAAGCACCUUAAAAUGUCUUAUGUUGGAUUGCAACUCAUUGUGGUCAUCCUGCCUGGGAAAACCCCUGUCUAUGCGGAGGUUAAGCGUGUUGGAGAUACUCUGCUGGGCAUGGCAACCCAGUGUGUUCAGGUGAAGAAUGUAGUGAAGACCUCCCCUCAAACGCUCUCCAACCUCUGCCUCAAAAUCAAUGCUAAACUGGGUGGCAUCAACAAUGUGCUGGUACCCCAUCAGAGACCAUCUGUAUUCCAGCAACCAGUGAUCUUCUUGGGUGCCGACGUUACUCACCCCCCAGCAGGGGAUGGGAAGAAGCCGUCCAUUGCAGCAGUGGUGGGCAGCAUGGACGGUCAUCCAAGUCGCUACUGCGCCACAGUGCGGGUGCAGACUUCGCGGCAGGACCUGUCCCAGGAGCAGCUCUUCAGCCAAGAAGUCAUUCAGGACCUCACCAACAUGGUGCGUGAGCUGCUCAUCCAGUUUUACAAGUCCACCCGCUUCAAGCCCACGCGCAUCAUUUACUAUCGUGGAGGAGUGUCCGAGGGGCAGAUGAAGCAGGUUGCAUGGCCUGAGCUGAUAGCCAUAAGAAAAGCUUGCAUCAGUUUGGAGGAGGACUACAGGCCAGGGAUCACCUACAUUGUAGUGCAGAAACGUCAUCACACCCGACUUUUCUGCUCUGACAAAGCCGAGAGAGUUGGGAAGAGUGGUAACGUUCCAGCAGGCACUACGGUAGACAGCACCAUCACGCAUCCCUCGGAGUUUGAUUUCUACCUGUGCAGUCAUGCUGGUAUCCAAGGCACCAGCCGUCCCUCACACUACCAUGUGCUGUGGGAUGACAACUGCUUCACUGCAGAUGAGCUUCAGCUGCUCACUUACCAGCUGUGCCACACGUAUGUGCGCUGUACACGCUCCGUGUCCAUCCCUGCCCCAGCGUACUACGCCAGACUCGUCGCCUUUCGUGCCCGUUACCACCUGGUUGACAAAGACCACGACAGUGCGGAAGGCAGUCAUGUAUCAGGCCAGAGUAAUGGUCGGGACCCUCAGGCCCUAGCCAAGGCAGUCCAGAUUCACUAUGACACCCAGCACACCAUGUACUUCGCCUAACUGCUUCAACCAGCAGGAGAUGCACUUCUACGCUUCCUCUUUACUUCUCUCCUUCUUUCUGUCUCUGUUUACUAUUUCUUUGAACUUCUCUCUCUCUCUCUCUCUCUCUCUCUCACUCUCUCUCUCAUAUAUUUUCAUCCACAACCAAAGCGGUUCCAAAGCCAGAGGGUUGGACACGUGUCUGAAUCAAGUGUUCGCCCUUAGUGGAACUGCCCACCAGCAAUCCUGCACUGAGAGACCACUAGUCUCCAAGGCACAGUGUAAAUCAAAUUGAGCCAUUUAAGAGUUUAGUUUUUCAGUUUUGAAUGUCAUAUUUUUUUUUCCUUAUUUUUUUUUAAUUUGUAAUAUACACUGAGUGUGAGCAAACCUGCGCCAUUUUUGUCGUGACAGCUCUGGCUCUCUCAGCUAAGCUGGACUUUGUCUACUUUUACCUCAGGCCAUUGUUGGCUGAAACUUGUCCUUUUUAUGAUCGUAUUUUAACUCUUUCCGCUCAGUCUUUUACAAGCGAGGUGAUCUGGGUAUCAUACCCAUUACUCUUCUCCCAUUUUGUUGUGUGUGCGUGUUUGUGUGUGAGUGUGUGUGUGUGCACGUUUCAUUGCAGGCCACUGAAUUGUAAAGGGAAACUUCAAGGAGUUAACUGCUGUAAAUGCCUCAGUUUAUUUUAUAGCGCUUCACAUACAUACAUAUAUAUAAAAAGACACAUCUAUAUAAGCUUAUUUCACUAGAUUUACAUUGUUGCAGGAUUGCAUAAGCUGAUGGGUUUUGUGUAGCAGGAAUUAUCCAUGGUCUCAGUUGUGACUGAGAUAGUAAAGUCCUUCCUGUCCUGCCCUAAGUUCCUUUGUGUCUGUGGCAUACGUUAGAAACACAUACGUCCUUUUACGAAUGGUUUAGUACAAGGUGCAGGGAUGGUUACAGACAUGAAGCUGGCCCAUCACUGGUUAGUGUAGUAGGCAACAAAGGGCAAAACUUGCAGAAAGAACAGCACUCUCCAUUACCUUUUAUGCAUUUCUACAUAACAAAUCAGAUUUGUAAGAGUUUAAUAUAAAUCCUUUUGUGAUUAUCUUAACUGUUAGUGUAUAAAGUCAAUGUCAUUGUUACUGUUGUAAUGUUGCUGUUAUGUAUUUCAGACCGUCAGAAUCUCAGUUGCUUUAAAGAAUUUUUAUCCAGGAGUUGUAUCGAUGGUGUUGGGUGAAUCCGGUUUUGUAGCUGAACAUGUUGUAGCAUUCUGUCCAUGGUUGUGGGGCCCAAAGUGCUUUGGUUGGUGUUCCUUUUUUUGGUUUCAGGUGAUUAUCAUUUUAUGAUUUUUUUUUGUUUUUAUGUAAUGGAAGUAAUGAAUUAUCAUUGCAAAGAUUUGCUUUGACCUUAUUUCUGCCCCAAGUGUCAGACAGUGGCUUGCUGGGGAAGCUGUUUUGACAAGGAAGGAUCAAUGACAAUCAGGGCUCAGGGGGAUAGUUAGAGCUGUUUGUUGGCCAUUAUUUGAAUUUUACACUUGCUUCUGUGUUUUUUUUUAUUGCUGUUGAGUGAGUUAAUCGUGUAUAUCUAUAUAUAAAGUUUGAAGGUAUACGUUCGUUUUUUGUUGUUGUUUUUUUCCCCCCUUUUUUUUCUCCUCUUUCGAGAGGGUAAGAAAUGCGAGCAUUGUAUUAUUUGCUGAGACACAAGCAUAAGCACUGCCUUGAUUUUUGACAGUACCUGACUGGUUGAAUGAUGGCAAGCCUUGUCCCUGGUUAUGUGGUCAUGUUGGGCCUCUGCAUGCGUCUUGUCAGGUGGGCAGCUCAUCAGAAACCCUUUUGUAAUAAACCAUCUAUAAAGCCACAGGUUUGCUAUGAAUGAGUUUGAGCUCUUGCCUGUUUAGGACGUGACUCUUGGCCUGUGGAGAAAGGAUGGGGCAAUGGCAUCACUCGCAAUAAGCUGGAUUACGGUGUUGGGCAAUUUCAUGUUAUUACCCUAUUUUUUUUUUUUUUUCCUCUAAUGUUGACCCCACAGUGCAUCAUAUUUGAACAAUUGUGCCUCAUUGUGGUAAAAUGACAAUAAUUCCAGUUUCUUAUUAUGGCACAGCAAUAUACUUCAAAUGAUGAACAAAGUUAAAGCUAUAAUUCUUCUCAUUGAUGUGGCCAUUGGUAUGAUUGCCCUGGGCAUGUGCAUUUGUGUGGAUGUUUUUAUUUUUUGCUUGUGUCAAUCGGUGGGAAUGUGCAUUUGGUGGACUAGCUCUUUAGGCUCUACAGAAAGUUAUACUUUUUAGACUUUGCUUGCUUGCAUGCCAGAGUAUUGUCCUAAAUCUCUUACAGAAUAUUUAUUGUCUCAGAAAAAGGAAAAAAAAAAACUUCUGUAAAUGUGUAUGAAUUGAGACUGCUUGUUUUUAGGGUAGCAAUAUUGACCAGUCUCUUUUGACAAGAUAUGAAAUUUACGUCACAGACGUCAGUAAGUCCUGUGGGUCAAGCUGGAUGCUGUGAGGGAGUGCCAAGUCCAGUCUUGACGAAAACUCCAACUCAAACGAGGUACACUUUUUUUUUUUUUCUUUUUCUCUCCAAUCUGGGAGGACCAAGACUGGCAUGUCAUCCCCUUCGAUACCCAACGGUAUACUACAUGGCUGCUCAGCUCAGGUCUGCUUGUGCUCUGUAGUUCUGUGGUUCUCUGUUUAAGACACUCACACUCUCAGCAUCCAGAUACUCAAGGAUUAAACAAGAAUUACCUCUUUUUAACCUUUUGACCCAUGAUUUCUCACUACUUCCCUGAUUUUAAGAGAGCAUGAUUUUUAAAACAAUUUCCUCUUUGAUAUAUAAAGAUUUGUUAUUGGUCAAAAGUGUAUUGUAAUUUAUUUCUUUUUUUUGUGCGUGUAGCUUUUCUGCUGUAUUUUAAUGUUUUCAGCUGUGUGACCUGUCUAGUAGCAAUAGAGGGCGCUCUUAUUGACCUGAUGGGGCUUCCUCUGGCCUCUCCUAUUAGGGUGCCACAUCACUUGGUGUAUUGCUAUUUGACAUUUUAAAAAAAGAAAAUCCCCUCUUCCUUUUCUUUUCCUUUUUUUUUUUUUUUUUUUUUUUAGCCUGCAGGGACUCUUCGUGUUAUUGUGCAAAGUUAAUAAAUUGGUAUUUUACGCCUA